GGCGGGGCCAUCCGGCCAGUCAGUCAGUGCGGGCUGGGUAGCUGCUGCUCUCCUCUCGCAGUGUGUCUGCCUCCUACCCUCCGCCUUCCGUCCCGGGACUCGCUGUGUGCAGCGCCCACUGCUGGCCCUUCAUCUCCCCGCCGGCUCCCAGCUCCCCGGGCCCUGUCCUCCCGGCUGCGGCCGUCAUGUCGAAGAGGCUGAGAAGCCCGGAGCUGUGCGCGGACUGCAGCGUGCAGGACCCUCGCUGGGCUUCUAUUAACAGAGGAGUCCUAAUCUGUGAUGAAUGCUGCAGUGUUCAUAGGAGUCUGGGAAGGCACAUAUCACAAGUGAGGCAUCUCAAACAUACCCCAUGGCCUUCCACCCUGCUGCAGAUGGUUCAGACAUUGUAUAGUAAUGGUGCAAAUUCCAUAUGGGAACAUUCAUUGCUCGAUCCUGCAUCCAUUUUGAGCGGGAAACGUAAAGCCAACCCACAGGAUAAAGUACACCCUAACAAAGCAGAAUUUAUAAGAGCAAAGUAUCAAAUGCUGGCAUUUGUUCACCGUUUGCCCUGUCGAGAUGAUGAUAGUGUUACAGCCAAAGACCUUAGUAAGCAACUUCAUUCAAGUGUGAGAACUGGAAAUUUGGAGACUUGUCUGAGGUUGUUAUCAUUAGGGGCACAGGCUAACUUUUUUAAUCCAGAAAAGGGUAGUACACCUCUUCAUGUUGCCGCUAAAGCAGGGCAAAUCCUACAGGCUGAGCUACUUUCAGUCUAUGGGGCAGAUCCAGGAACACCGGAUUCGGCUGGAAAAACGCCAAUUGAUUAUGCAAGGCAAGGAGGGCACCAUGAAUUAGCGGAUCGUCUUGUGGAGAUACAGCAUGAAUUAACAGACCGCUUAGCAUUUUAUUUAUGUGGAAGGAAACCAGAUCAUAAAAAUGGGCAGCACUUUAUUAUACCCCAAAUGGCAGACAGCAGUCUAGAUUUGUCAGAACUGGCUAAAGCAGCAAAGAAAAAACUUCAGUCUUUAAGUAAUCACUUAUUUGAAGAAUUGGCCAUGGACGUUUAUGAUGAGGUUGACAGACGGGAAACAGAUGCAGUUUGGUUGGCCACUCAGAACCACAGUACUCUUGUGACAGAGACCACAGUUGUACCCUUUCUUCCUGUGAACCCAGAAUACUCAUCCACACGUAACCAGGGUCGACAAAAAUUAGCACGUUUCAAUGCACAUGAGUUUGCAACUCUGGUAAUAGACAUUUUAAGUGAUGCUAAAAGAAGGCAACAAGGAAAUUCAGUAAAUGUAUCCAAAGACAAUAUAGAGUUAGUAUUGAAAAGUAUUAGUAAUCAACAUAGCAGUGAAAGCCAAGACAAUGAUCAACCAGAUUAUGACAGCGUUGCGUCAGAUGAAGAAACAGACCUGGAGCCAUUGCCAAAUAAAACCAGUAGGGGAAAGAGUUUGGACGCUGAUGUGGCCGACGGAGCAGUCACAGUACAAGAAUUUCUUGACGUUAAAAAUGCUCUGGUUGCAUCCGAAGCAAAAAUACAACAGUUAAUGAAGGUUAAUAACAACCUUAGUGACGAGCUCCGAAUUAUGCAAAAAAAGCUCCAAACACUGCAGUGCGAGAAUACGAACCUCAGAAGGCAGGCCACAAGUAAUCUAUAUCAGAUCCCAGCUGGUUCAGAAUACACAGACCUCUCAAACCCAUCAUCCAUAAAGAAACGCCCUUCUGCAAGAAGUAGCAGGCCCAUGUCUAUGUAUGAGACUGGAUCAGUUCAGAAACCUUACCUCCCGCUAGGAGAAGUCACAUACCCUGAAGAGAACAUUAACAGAUUGCAGCCUUUUCCACAACAUAUCGGGAGGAGUGCAUUUGUGACCUCCUCUUCAUCCCUGCCUUCCUUCCCCUCCACGCUUUCCUGGUCAAGAGAUGAAAGCACACGAAGGGGAUCAAAAGUAGAAAAGCAGAACAGCAUGCCAGGAAGUGACUAUGACAACACCGUUCAUGAGUCUGAGCUUGACGAAAUAAGCUCAAGCAGGAAAAUGAGGCAGAGAAGCAUGGCGUGGCAAGGAGAAGGAGCCAUUCCUGAAACUUCAGACCGUGAUGCAGAUGCAAGUGCUGUCUUACCCAGUACAGAGGAUGUCAUCCGAAAAACUGAGCAAAUAACUAAAAACAUCCAGGAGCUCCUAAGGGCCGCUCAAGAAAAUAAGCAUGACAGACCAUUUGAGCGUGAAAGUGUGAGCAAGCUGAGGCAUAGCCUUGGCUGUUUUAGUACACUGGUUCCCUGGGCAGAGAGAGCCCCUCUACAGCCACUGACCCUCCAGCAGUCUGACUCUACCUCCUGCUACAUACCAUGCUCAGAAAGAAUACAUGUUGCAGUGACUGAAAUGGCAGCCCUGUUUCCAAAGAAACCCAAGUCUGACAUGGUGAGAACGUCGCUCCGGCUGCUUACGUCUAGUGCUUAUAGACUCCAAACAGAAUGCAAAAAGACAUUGCCCAUUGAAUCCAGUCCCACUACAGACAUCCAGCUGGUGACACAGCAAGUUAUUCAGUGUGCCUACGACAUAGCCAAGGCUGCAAAACAACUGGUCACCAUCACAACCAAAGAGAAUACAAAUUGAGUGACAGUAUACUCACUGUUUUAUCCAACAGAGAGGCAAUUAAAAUCAUGUCCUUUUUAUAUAUAUAUAUAUAUGUUUUUUUUUUUAUUGUAAAGUG